UUGGAAUAGAUGUGAUGCACCUUAUCCACUCUCAGCGAAGACCACUAGAUAUUCUACAGAAUUAGGAAGCGAAAGGAAAUCAAAGAAAAGCAUGGACGGGAUACAACAACUAGGUCUUCCAGUUCUAGGAAUUGUAGCUGCUGCAGCUGUUACCUUCUAUGCUGUCAGCUUUCUUGAGCUCAGUGAGAAAUCGUUUAGGGAUCUGGACGAGAAAGAAUAUGGUGAAAGUGGUGGAUAUAAGCCAUCUCCAAGCUCUAGGGUAAAGCGCGCCAGAAGAAAAGCUGAAAAACAAGCCAAACGUUGAAAGCAAAACAAUGUAUACAGAGUUUUAAUUUCUAUAUACCUUCUCAGUAAUACUGUGGUUCUGAAGUUGUACAAUGUUAAUUCUAUAACAUGUUCUUCCCUUCUCACAACAAAUUAUUCCUUCUAAAUAUGAUUAUCUCGGUAUUAUAAAAUGGAAUUUUUUUUUUCCUCCUUA